AUGUGUGCUUGUGCCUGUUUCUGUGUGUGCAGGGGAGGUGUUUGUGCUGGAUGAUGGAGGGGAAGUGGACCUGGACCUCGGGAACUACGAGCGCUUCCUCGAUAUUCGACUCACCAAAGACAACAACCUGACCACGGGGAAGAUCUACCAGUAUGUCAUUAACAAGGAGAGGAAGGGAGAUUAUCUYGGCAAAACAGUCCAAGUUGUCCCCCACAUCACAGAUGCCAUACAGGAAUGGGUAAUGAGGCAGGCACGGAUUCCYGUGGAUGAGGAUGGCAUUGAACCCCAAGUUUGUGUGAUUGAGCUUGGGGGCACAGUGGGUGACAUCGAGAGCAUGCCUUUCAUCGAGGCCUUCCGCCAGUUCCAGUUCAAAGCCAAAAGAGAGAAUUUCUGUAACAUCCACGUCAGUCUGGUUCCCCAGCCAAGCUCGACAGGGGAGCAGAAGACCAAACCCACCCAGAACAGUGUUCGUGAGCUCAGAGGUCUCGGGCUCUCCCCAGAUCUGAUUGUUUGCAGGUGCUCCACUCCACUGGAUACCUCAGUAAAAGAAAAGAUUUCCAUGUUCUGUCAUGUUGAACCAGAACAGGUCAUUUGUGUUCAUGAUGUCUCCUCUAUCUACCGGGUUCCUCUGUUGUUAGAGGAGCAGGGAGUUGUGGACUACUUCAGGCACAGGCUGGACCUUCCCAUCGAGAGGCAGCCCAGGAGGAUGCUCAUGAAGUGGAAGGAGAUGGCUGACAGGUACGACCGUCUACUUGAAACAUGUUCCAUUGCACUCGUGGGCAAAUACACCAAGUUUUCUGAUUCCUAUGCAUCUGUCAUCAAAGCACUGGAACACUCUGCCCUGGCCAUCAACCACAAACUUGACAUUAAGUACAUUGACUCUGCUGACUUGGAGCCGGACACUCUGCAGGAGGAGCCUGUGCGGUACCACGAGGCCUGGCAGAAGCUCUGUGGUGCUGAUGGAGUUCUGGUUCCUGGUGGAUUUGGUGUUCGAGGGACAGAAGGCAAAAUUCAAGCUAUUUCCUGGGCAAGAAAACAGAAAAAACCCUUCUUAGGAGUCUGUUUGGGAAUGCAGCUGGCAGUGGUGGAGUUUGCUCGCAGUGUCCUUGGUUGGCAAGAUGCGAACUCCACAGAGUUUGACCCCAAAACUUCUCAUCCAGUGGUCAUAGACAUGCCAGAACAUAACCCUGGCCAAAUGGGUGGCACCAUGAGACUUGGCAAGAGAAGGACACUCUUCCAAACCAAGAAUUCAAUCAUGAGGAAACUGUAUGGAGAUCAUGAUUUCUUGGAAGAGAGACACAGACACAGAUUUGAGGUCAAUCCAGAGUUGAAGAAGUGUUUUGAAGAGCAAGGUCUGAAGUUUGUGGGGCAGGAUGAGGAGGGAGAGCGGAUGGAAGUGGUUGAGCUGGAAGAGCAUCCUUUCUUCGUUGGUGUCCAGUAUCACCCCGAGUUCCUCUCCAGGCCCAUCAAACCAUCACCCCCAUACUUUGGGCUCCUCCUGGCGUCUGCAGGGAGACUCACGCACUACCUACAGAAGGGCUGCAGGCUCUCACCCAGGGACACCUACAGUGACCGGAGUGGCAGCAGCUCCCCUGACCUGGAGAUAACAGAGCUGAAGUUCCCUUCAGCAAAUCACGACUGAUUCCUGGUAAUGUUUCAUGAUCUCAACCUCUUCCUUUUGGAAAUAAUUCCUUGUCCAGACUUUGCUGCUAGCACCUGACUUUCACAUUAUUUGGUAGAAAGCUGGCUCACCAUGAGCUGUGCUGGAGCUCACAUGUUCCAGUUGUGCUGAGGGCUGGGUAGUGCCUCUGUGUGACAGCUGGGGGUGGGUGUCCCCUUAGCAAAGUGACACACAAUGAAAUACAAAUACACAGGAGUUGGGGGUUAAAUUCAGAUAAAAGCACCAGUGGAGCACACACUCCUGAAAAUGGAGGACAGAGCUGAGCAAGGGGUUCCUGGGUUUAGGAAAUUCCAAUGUUUUGCAGUCCCUCACCAUUGUUAAUGAAUUUUGAAGUAUCUAUUGUGUCCCUCUCCUGGGACAGCAGUUCCUCUCAGGCCUGGGGCUCGAGCUCUGGUCUGUAAGGGCUGCAGGCAUUUCAGGGAUGUGAGAACUGGAUGUGCAAAAUUGAGGGAAGGAGGAGACACUAAAACCUGGCACGCAGACUGCACCAGCAGAACAGGCACA